AUGCGUUUCUUCACGGCUGCAAAGGCCCUCGUGGUCGCCGCUGUGGCUGCCUCGGCGCACAACAUCGUCCUACCCGCCCACGGCGUCGAAUGUUACUACGAGACCCUCCACAAGGAUGAUACCAUGACCGUGACGUUCCAGGUUGGCGACAGGGAGUUUGGGUCAGCAGGCAACCUCGAGAUUGACUUUUGGAUCAUCAACCCCAGCACAGCAUACGAGUAUAACGUAAAGUCCGUGACCUCGGGCGACUAUACUUUUACGGCGAAACAUGACGGUCGAUUCUCCUACUGCUUUGGAAACCAGCACUGGGGGGCCAACACCAAAGAGGUCUCCUUCAACGUGCAUGGAGUGGUCUAUGUGAACGAGGCCGACAUGCCCUCUGAUCCCCUCGAGAAAGAAGUCCGCACCCUCUCCGAUCUCCUUGCCCAGGUCAAAGACGAGCAGCAGUACAUUGUCAUCCGUGAGCGCACCCACCGCAACACCGCCGAGAGCACCAACUCCCGCGUCAAGUGGUGGAACCUGUUCAUUGUUGGUGUUGUUGUUGGCGAGUCUAUGUUUCAGGUUUGGUGGCUCAAGCGCUUUUUCGAGGUCAAGCGUACUGUAUAA